AUGACGAACCCCUUUUUAGUUGAACAGCGACUCAAUGCAGUCGAUCCUUCUUCUUCAAGAUCAGCGAUAGGAAAGAGGCCUGCUAAAUUUCGUUCUCCCCGCACACGUCCCCCACCGCAACAGUUAAUCAGUCGCGGUCGACUGGCGACACUGAAGCGAGCAUUGCGAUUACAAGGUGUUUUUUUAGCUGCUGCAUCCUCGGGAAUCAACGUAGGGCAAAAUGACAGCUGGAUGCCAUUGGAAGAAGGCCUUCGUGGAGAACGGGAAUCUCAAUAUCUUCCACCUCUAGUGCCCUACAUGUAUCAACCUCCAAAAAGACAACAACAGCAAUCAGCAAUCCAAUACCCGCAGCAACAGCCAUCAGCAGUCCAAUACCCGCAGCAACCGCCAUCAGCCGUCCAAUACCCGCAGCAGCAGCCAUCAGCAGUACAAUACCCGCAGCAACUGCCGGCGGCAGUUUACUACCCACAGCAGGCUGUGAAGCAGAAGGCACGAGCCAACAUCAAAUUCUGUGCACAUCCGCCACAACUAGGCUCAUUGAAACCUGGAGGCCAAGGACAGAAAAUCAACCUUCCAGUGAAAGUCAAAGGGGUAUUUCAUGAUGAAAAAGGUCGCCAACAGGACUUUGAACUUCAAAAUGUAAUUCCUCUAUCGUUAAGGGGAUGGCUGACGACGGGUGUCAGGCAGUAUGUUUUAAAUAACCCCCAAAAUUCUGGAUCCGCCCAAGGUCAACAACGUGGAUACCAACAACAACCUGGAUAUCAACAACAACCUGGAUAUCAACAACAACCUGGAUAUCAACAACAGCCUGGAUACCAACAACAACAGCUUGGAUACCCGCAGUAUCCGAACAACCAGCAACCCAACAAUCAGCAAAAUGGACUGCCUCUCAGUCUAGGUCCCCAACUAGAUGAAGUCGCUCCCCCUCCACCUAAACCUCCUUCAGUUGCGUCCGUCCAACCAACGCUUCCUCCAACGCCAACGCUUCCUUCAGCCAAGCCUGAUCCGCCGCCUUCAAACAAUGGGAACUUCUUGCCCUCGGUGGAACCACCACCUGCUGUGGUAACGCCAACCCCCCCUGUGUCGGUCAAACCACCUUCCGUUGUACCACCAAGCGUGCAAAGCGCUCCUCCAAGCACCACAGAAACGACAACCAUAACGACAACAACAACCCCUACAACCACAAGUUGUACGACUACGACGAUAACUGCGGCAUUGAGGCCCAACGUCGAAGAGUUGGAGAACCGUGGUGAUCGUGGAAACAGAGGCACGAAGAACAUGAGCGUUGAGUUUCAAAGCUAG